AUGGCUGUUUUUGAGUUGCACUGCCAAAUCCCCCUCACCUGGGUGUGUUUGACUAAACUGACUCCUCGCCUUGGAAAGCAGAAGAGGACAACUGCUUCUUCAUUCUGUAAGCUGACGACAGCCUCCAGUGGAGGCGGCCUUGAGAAGUUACUGCUGGUUGGAUCCAAGAAGUGUGCACAGGACCUGGAGUGCGGGGCAAAACUUGUUUAUUACCUCCCUGAGCAGCAGAGAACUUCUGUUGAUAGAGGGCCACUAACGCUAGAGAAGGCCACCAGUUGUCUUCUGGACAUGGGUUUCAGUGAUGUGCUUAUUAAUGAAUUGCUUAGUAUACAGCCACAUGCCAGCCCUCAGCAGUUGCUGGACAUCAUCUCAGAGUUUAUACUCCUGGGCAUGAAUCCAGAGACUGUGUGCAUGGCCUUGAAGAAAAACCCCCAGUUGCUGAAAAUGCCCAUGGUGCAAGUAAAGAAGCGUUCCAGUUACUUGCGAAAGCUCGGCCUCGGAGAAGGGAAACUAAGGAGGGUGCUCCUCAGCUGCCCUGAGAUUUUCACCAUGCGUCAGCGGGACAUUGAUGCUGUCAUUCAGGUCCUCAAGGAGAAAUGCCUUUUCACGGUGCAGCAGGUCACCCAGAUUUUGCACAGGUGCCCCAAUGUGCUUCAGCAGGAUCCCAGUGAAUUGGAAUACAAAUUCCAGUAUGCAUACUUUAGGAUGGGAAUUAAGCAUCUGGACAUAGUAAGGACUGAGUUCUUAAAGUACUCAUUAACCAGGAUCAAGCAGAGACACAUUUUCCUGGAGCGCCUGGGACGGUACCAAACACCUGACAAGAAGGGGCAGACACAGAUUGCAAACCCUUUACUCAAGGACAUUUUCAGAGUUUCAGAGACUGAGUUUUUGGCCAAGACAGCCUGUUCCUCUGCUGAGGAAUUUACGGUUUUUAAAAAGCUCUUGGCUCAGGAGGAGGAAGAGGAGCCCGAGAGCAGCAUGUGUAAGGAGGAGGAGGAAGGAGAGGAAGAAGAUGGUGACGAGGAUGAACAGGAGUUGUGAUGUAGACUGGGGCAAAGCACCCGGGGGCCACAAAGAACAUUCUCAAAGCUUUGGGAAGCUUCACUUGGAUCCUUUCAAGUAUUAAAUUCUAACACCGAUCUUUUGAUGAAAAAAGAAAAAUAGAUGGACUGCCCAGUAUGUGGAUAGGUCAAAUCAAAUAGGUGCUUUGCUGUGAUUGUGGAGUUUUAUGGGGCCGCAUUCCAUUCUAAAUAAAAUACUGAGCUCUUACAAUUCAAGGAGCUCAAAUCCAAAUCUGAUUUUCUUUUUCUCUGUUAAAGUGUUGGUGAUAAGUCCAUGAUGUUGUGGAACAUAGGUGCCGACUCCUUGUUCAAGGGUCACUUUAUUUCUUUUAGGGGAUAAAAUCAUGAGAUCGUAAGGGGUUUUGGUACAUAAUAACACUUUAUUUUAUGAAAUCAAAUAGGUUUCCCACAAAAAUACUCAUUUUAAAUCCAAAAAUAUCUUAUUACUGCAUUCAUUGUACAGCAGAGUGAAAGGCAGUUGGUUAGUGAUGUGUGCUUUCGUUUUGCACCAUUUCCUUGAAGUCCCUAAAGCACAGACUUUAUCUGUAAAGAGCCAGCUUUUCCUGCUCAGACAAGUGGACCUCUCUGUCUUCCUCUGGCUGUUGGUCACCUACGGGUCUGGUGUCUGUGGCCCAUGGCCUGUGCUGCUGGGUUGUACUGGCUUGGAGAACACCAGGGCUGAAGGGUUGGGGAGUGCUCUUGGACAGUUACCCCCUUUGUGAGCACAGGCCCAGGACUGGUGGUAGGAUUGUUCCAGGAUUUUUUCCAGACACCCAGAUAUGGGCCUCACACGGGGAACAUGGCAGGUGUGAGGUGCUGGGGAUUGGGCUGGGUGUGCUCUGGGGUGGGGCCUGGCUCUGAUGGCAGAAUGUUGGGCCCAAGGACUGGUGGCUCCUAGGGCAUUCCCCUUCUUGGGGAAUUGCACAGAAUGGGUACUGCAUAAAGCAUCUUUGGUAAUCAAAAUUUGAGUUUGCUUGGUGGCAUUUUAAUAGCCAUAUGAAACUCCUCUGAUGCUUGGGCUUCUUCCCACAAAGACACAUUAAAGAUCCUGUGAAGCCACAGCUCUUGACUCUUGGGACAUCUGAUAGAUUUGGAGACCUUUUUGGUUGUAAUCACUCGGGCGGGGUGCUCCUAGGAUGUAGUGAGUGGUGGCUACAGAAUACCCUAUGAUGUCCAGAGUGGUCCCCAAGACAAAGGCUGAUCCAGUCCCAAAGAUGUUGAACUGAGAGAACACUCUGAGGUUUGGCCUGGUCACUGUUAAUGGAGUCUCAUUAAUUGUGUUUAUUUAUAUUUAAAUGAUCUGAGCUGUGUUUUGUUGUGUUGCUCUCCUGCAGGCUCACACUGGGGCAGGACUGCAAAGAACAGCAGUAGCUCUGUGACUCCACCCGUGAGCCAGUCAUGGUGGCAGCAGUUUUCCAUUGGUGCAGGAAGCUGGGGCCCUUGGGAUUGGGCUCCCCACAGGAGCCAGGCACAGUGAAGGUGUCCCAUUUGCUCCUGGCAGUGCCCACCAGUGGGGAAGGGAGAGUCUUGUCUGGCUGGCUGUUUCUGGCCAGGCGGGAACUGUGAAGAUAGCCAUUUUGUACCUGUGUUCCUGCUUCUUCCACUUCGUAGAUCUGGGUCCCUGUCACCUCCCUGAACCUUUGGUGUUGCUCUUGGGCAGCAGGGCUGGUAAGCUCUUGAACCCGAACUUGAUCAGAUGGUCAACUGAGCCCAUUUUAAUUGGUGAAUGGUGAACUGCACAACUCAGGUUGCUUCUUUCAUUCCAGCACAGAAGUAAAUCUUUGUACCCUGCUAAUUUUCAGGUUCCAUUUGACUCAUCUGUCUGGCUGAAUGUUGAAUGUUUCUAGAAGCCACAUAAUCUUAGGAAGAACAUAUGAGAACACCAGUGGCAGCUCCUCUGAGCAGGUGACUGAUGCCCACAGCAUCAGCCCCUCUGCUUCUGAAAUAGCAGACUGGGUUGCUCAUAUGACCACAUUGUAUAGUGCUUAGCACCCAGUUGCUGUCUUUUGCUGAAGCAGUGAUUUCUAAGUUAAAAAUUGAAGCCAGGCA